CUGGAUAUCCAAUGGGUCAAUCACUAUCCUGUUGACAUUGACCCAUCCCUCAGCAGUGACUCAGCCUUUAACAAUACCAUUUCACAUACUGCUCACGUUGACUUCUAUAACCUGGUCUUAGUAGGAGAGUCUUCAAGUCCUGAAACUGCAGAAGCUUACCUGGUUUUAUCUGGAACCACUUCAGAUCGCACCUCCACCCUAUGUGUGUCAAUCAAUUUUUAUGGAGUUCCUGCCCUGUUGCCUAAUGACAGUCUUCCAGCAGAUGUGUCAGUGGUUGAAGGCCAUCAGGCUGACUUCCACUGCAGCGCCAAAACAACUAAAGACAAAACGUUCACUGUUGCCUUUCUAGUCAAAGUUCCACCCUACAGCCUUACCGAAUGUACAAAUUACACCUUUUCUACAAACGCAUCUUUGCUGCCACUAUCUCUGAGUGGAAAUGGAAGUUGCUCUGGUCUUGAUAUCAUCCCGACUUUUCUGUAUGGUACACAUUACUUGAGAGCUACAUGGCCCAGUGUCAACCUCUCCAUGUCUGGAGCAGAGGUGGUCUGUGCUCAGGCCUCUAGUGGUGUCACUCAGUGGGCCCGAACAGCCACACUCACUGUCCUACCAGCCUCUAUUGUGCCACUAUACUCCCCUACUCAUCCAGACCUCAGUGUUUUGGCUGUACUUACUCUCCCCCUGAUAGUAUUAGUGGUGGUGUUAGCCAUCCUACUCUGGUGGAAAUGGAGACGGUUUUCAAUGACAAAGUUCGGUUAUCAGUUACAACGCGAACAAACUCCUCAAGCCGUUCCUUCCAGUACCUGCAGUACUCCAACUACUGCCACGCCACAGUUUCCCCUGCUAGCCUCACAUCCCUAUGUGACCCAGCACAAGCUCCUGCACGCAGCCAAUGAGGAUUCUGAGAGUUCAAAUUGUGAAGUGGAGGAUAUUGCGAUGAUUAAUUUCAGUAGACGUACUGCAGCGUCUGAGCCUCUCCCAUCCUCGUAUGAAGUGUGUGUCUAUGUGAGCUACUCUAAUUCCCAGGCAGACUGGGUGCAGGGAACACUGCUCCCUCUGCUUCACUCCUACCAACCAAUCAGAGUCACCGACCACGAAGCUCACAUGAUCCCAGGGGGUGUGGUCUCUGAGGAGAGACUCCGCCUACUGCAGUCGGCUGAUAAAGUGGGUGGCCGUCAUAGCCCCAGACUACCAGCUGACUGAGUGGUGCAAGUAUGAGCUCCAGCACGUGCUACAGCAGUCGUCAACGGGAGGGGCAGGACUACUUAUCCCCAUUCUGUGUGGUGGGUGCAGAGAACUCCCGUCCACCAUCUCAACCCUCCAUCCCCUCUCUCUGGAGGACCCCAACUGGACACACAAACUCAGGAUUGCACUCCGCAGACAACACCCACACUCUCUAUUGUGAUUAUUAUGCAUGGAUGA